CACACUUCAUUCAGUGAGAACAACACAGAACACAACUGAGGUCUGUCCUGCCGUGUAUUGCCGCUGAUCUGGAUGAUUCUCGAAGAGGAACAGAGAAUCAACUUAAUGUGCUGAUGGAAUUUCAUAUGAGAAACACCUGCGUGCUCGUGAACAGGUGCUUGAUGGCGUCGGUGCUUCAGGCCAUUCUUCUUGCUAUUCUGCUGCUGCUCUUCACUUCACCCGGAUCGUCCCAUCAGCCCCUGUGGCCCCUGCAGCGUGUGCCUGUGGUCUGGCCCAAGCAGACGGAGGAACGGUCCCCGCCUCACUUCCUGCACGCCGCUCAGCUGGAAGUCACCUCAUCCUGUGGUCCCGAGUGCCACAAGCGCGUCACGACACCCAGCUACUGGGACCUGCAGCGCUUUCUGUCCUACGAGACGCUGCAUUCGAGCGGUCAGCUGACCGAGACCGCUGUGGCCAUUUAUGGAUUUGAUGCCAACAGCUUCUACAAGAUGACCGGCGCUCGCUCCAGAGACAAGCGGCAGAUCUUUGGCCACGACAGUCGAUUUAGUAUCGUUGGACAGGACUUCCUGUUGAACUACCCCUUCUCCACCGCGGUCAAGCUGUCCACCGGCUGCUCGGGUACGUUAGUGGGCGAUCGGCACGUUCUGACAGCUGCACACUGUGUUCACGAUGGCAAGAAUUACGUCAAAGGUGCUCAGAGGUUGCGUGUCGGUUUCCUCAAACCGCGGCAAAUGAACGCAGGAGCCAGAAACGACACUAGUCGUGACAAGAUGAAAUUCCAGUGGAUCCGUGUGAAGCGCACACAUGUUCCGAAGGGCUGGAUCAAAGGCACAACCAACGACAUUGGCAUGGAUUAUGAUUAUGCCCUGCUGGAGCUCAAGAAAGCCCACAAACGGCGGCACAUGAAACUGGGCAUCAGUCCGUCAGCCAAACAGCUGCCCGGCAAACGAGUGCAGUUCUCCGGUUUCGACAAUGACCGACCGGGUCACCUAGUGUACCGCUUCUGCAAGGCGGGAGACGAAACGUACGACCUUCUGUACCAGCACUGCGACGCUCAACCAGGCGCAAGUGGCUCGGGAGUUUACGCCCGCAUGUGGAACCGCAGACUGCGUCGGUGGGAGCGUAAAGUCAUCGGUGUUUUCUCGGGACAUCAGUGGGUGGAUCUCAGCGGAGCUCCUCAAGAGUUCAAUGUGGCGGUCCGAAUCACUCCACUCAAAUAUGCUCAGAUCUGCUACUGGAUCAAAGGAAACUAUGUGGACUGUAGAGAAGGUUAGGGUGCACUUUGACCCCAGCUGACAGAUACAUGUUCACAUUAUUAAAGGAAUAUUCCAGGUUCAAUACAAGUUAAGCACAUUGACAGCUAGAUUGCCAACAGCCCCGUAUAGUCCGAUAAUGUCUACAAACUGAUGAGAUCCGGAUCGUUGAGCUUUAAAAUCAGAAAGGGUUCAAUGGGGAAGAAAACGCCUGACAGAGAAAUACUGUGUUUCUCAACUGAUUGCAGCUUUGUUCUUUUGGCCAAAAAUAAACAUUUUAAUAUUGUUUAUUAAAAGUGAAGAUUGAUUGAAAAUUCCUGGUCAUUGUAUUAAAGCAUUUUUUGUGUAAUGCGUUUUAGGGGCUGUUCACACCAAACAAGUUUUUGCAUCAUUCCGCACCAUUUUUCAAUCGUUUUCAACGUAAAUAAGCUCGUUAACUGUAGCGCACCAUCUCACAAAAAAAAGUCCCGUAUUUGGCUGGUAGAAAGUUGGCAAACCUAACGACAGCUUUUGUCGCAUAAUGUUGAUUACCAAAAAUAUUGACUCGUUCCUCCUUUAAUUAAAUAAAAGCACAAAUGUGUGUUCCAGUGAGACACUUACAAUGGAAGUCAAUGGGGCACAUUUUUGGAGGUUUAAAGGCAGAAAUGUGAAGUUUAUCAUUUAUAAAAGCACUUACAUUAAUUCUGUUAAAUCUUGUGUAUUAGUGGAGCUGUAAAGUUUUCUUUUUUAAAGAAAAGGAGGGACGAGUUAAAAUACAUUUUUGGGUAAUCAACAUUGUCACAAAUGCCGUCAUUGAUCUUCACUUGUAUUGAAUCUGGAAUAUUCCUUAAAGGCACACACACACACUUUCAUUUCGUGCAGGAGAUUUGCACAGUUCAGCAAACAUAUAAAAACAUGUCAACACAUGAUUGCAUUAACAGAUCUUCAGUAUAAAAAUACUUCCUGUGAACUGAAGCGUUUCAAACUGAACAGAUGAAUUCACAGUAUCUUAAUAAUAUUAUUUUCUCUGGUUCACCACCCUGAACAAAUGGAGGUUCAGAGGUGACAUCACCUUGUUUCAUGAGGUUGACACCACGUGUUUGUGUAAAUGUAAUGAAGAGUGCAGUCUGUCAAUCAAAGGUGCUUCCAGUCUGAGUGUCCCUCUGGUGGUCACAGAUGUUACUGCAGACAUUCACUGUACACGAGAGACUUCUGCAGUACUGACACAUUAUUCAAUGUCAAUAACACUUUGGAGCAUUUCCAUUCGCUCUGCUUUGCACAAUACAUUAAAUGAGUUUGUAAAAACAUAUGUGUGUGU